AUGUCCUCUAUUGAACAGACCCUUCCUCCCACCCACGAGCGUCGCAACUCGUUAGAGAAACACCUUCAAACCCGCCCGGAAAUGCAGGACCUGAAGGACCGCCACAUCUUGCUGGACACCAAUGUAGCUCCAGCCCUUCAAUACGCUCGCCAGGAGCUCGAUCGCCAGCGUGCUACAGACAACUUGAAGAAGAAUCUAGAGAAGAGGCCCGAGAAAGAUGAGUUGAUCGAACGCAACAUCCUCCCCGCAUCCUCCGCCGCUCCAGCACUACAGGCCCACGCCCGCGAGCUUGAGAAGCACAUGCUGGCCGAUAAUCUCGAACACAAGAUUCAGAACCGGCCACAGCCUGAAGAUUUGAUUUCGCAGGGUAUCCUCUCCGAGGAUGAGAACCCGCGCUCGCCGGUCUGA